AGUAAGAGUGAGAGAAAGGGAGUGGGCAGGUGGAGAAGGUGGAGACAGAGAGAGUGUGAAGUCAAACUGUGAGGGAAACAAGAUGAAGGCAGAGAAGCAGCAGAGGGAGGGAGGAGAAGAAAAAGAAGAGCUAUCGUUCCUCUAGCACGCUGAGAGAAACCAGUGGGGAGCUUUCCUUACGAGUACCAGCGAAGCAGCGAUUCACUCUCGCUCUCUGCCAGAGUGACAGAGGGGGAGAGUGACGAGCGAGUAAACGAGAGAGGGAGGGAGGUACACUACUCCACUGCUGACAGUGUGAACAGAACGAGGAGAGUGGAGAGAGGAGAGAGGAGAGAGGGAGGGUGAAGCAGAAAACAAUGUGGAGGGAGAGUGGUAGGUAGUAGCUCGUUGAGGAGAGGUGGAGAGAGAGGCAGAGAAGCACAAGACUAGCCACAGGGAAGGAGAGAGAGAGAGGACGGAGGAGAGACAGAGUGGAGGGAGGGAAGAGGAGGAGUGGAGAGAGAAGACAGACGCUGAUCUUUGACUGUUGAGGACCGUGUGCGAGUGUGUGAGCGUGAAGGAGUGUGCUCGUGAGACUGGGUGCAAUGGAUCACUGUUCCUGCACACUAAGUCUCAGUGCAUGGCAGGGUGUUUAGAGUGUGGGAGUCUGGUUUCAUUGUGUUGGGUGGUGUUUUACCAGACACAGUGACUGAGGGAUUACGACAGCUAGGGAGAGAGUGUGAGACCCUUCUAUGUGUGUUGCGGUAGCGAGCAGGGGCAGACAUGUGUGUGAAAGCAGCAGGGCAGCUGGAGACAGAGCUAGGUAGAGAGGCCAGGUACACCUAGAAGGCAGGAUCGCAGAGAGAGAGAACCCACGUGAGGACAGAACAAGUGAAAACAGGGACACCAACUCUAUCACCAGAUACAGCGCUUGUACGCGCGUGUGUCUGUACGGCGGCACACAGAGAAGCACCGGUCCAGUCAUCUCAGGUCAGCGAGGCGGGGGUCCAGGGAUAUCCAUCAGGCAGCCAUGGGGACCCAGUGAGCUGUAGUAGGGGACGUCCUCGGCCCCCAGUCCCACCCAGCAGCAGCGCUCUCUCUUCCCGUCCGGUGGGUAGACGCACGUGGGCCUAGGGCACCUCGAAGCCCCGAGGGAGGGCAAACAGCGGGUUUCCUGUACCCAGAGGAGUAACCACGGCCAUCAUGGGGGAGUGGACCAUCCUAGAGCGCCUCCUGGAGGCUGCUGUCCAGCAGCAUUCCACCAUGAUCGGAAGGAUUCUUCUGACUGUGGUGGUGAUCUUUCGGAUCCUGAUCGUGGCCAUCGUUGGCGAGACGGUGUACGAGGACGAGCAAACCAUGUUCAUCUGCAACACCCUGCAGCCGGGCUGCAACCAGGCUUGCUACGACAAGGCCUUCCCCAUCUCCCACAUCCGCUACUGGGUCUUCCAGAUCAUUCUGGUUUGUACGCCCAGCCUGUGCUUCAUCACCUACUCCGUGCACCAGUCCGCCAAGCAGCGUGACAGACGCUACUCCUUCCUCUACCCACUGCUGGAGCGUUCCGAUUACGGGCAAAGCAGCACCAGGAAGCUUCGUAACAUCAAUGGCAUCCUGGUGCACCACGGCGACGGUGGCGGGAAGGACGAGCAUGACUGCAUGGAGGUCAAGGAGAUCCCCAACGUGCCGCGGGGGCUCACGCAUGGCAAGAAGUCCAAGCAGCGCCAGCAGGAGGGCAUCUCGCGCUUCUACAUUAUCCAGGUGGUGUUCCGUAACGCGCUGGAGAUCGGCUUUCUGGUGGGACAGUACUUCCUAUAUGGCUUCAGCGUGCCGGGCAUCUUCGAGUGCGACCGCUACCCCUGUGUGAAGGAGGUGGAGUGCUACGUGUCGCGGCCCACCGAGAAGACGGUCUUCCUGGUCUUCAUGUUCGCCGUGAGCGGCAUCUGCGUGCUGCUCAACCUGGCAGAGCUCAACCACCUGGGCUGGAAGAAGAUCAAGGCAGCCAUCCGGGGCGUGCAGGCCCGCCGGAAGUCCAUCUGCGAGAUCCGCAAGAAGGACAUGUCCCACCUGUCGCAGCACCCCAACAUGGGCAGGACCCAGUCCAGCGAGUCCGCCUACGUCUGAUGGAGACAGGGCUAUACGCUGGGUAAGUGCGGGGGCAGGGUAGGGAACGAGUAGGACGACCACUCCAUUCCACUCUCUCUUUUUAGAGUUUUAAUGGAAAGAGCAGAAGGAGCAAGGGAAGGUGAAAAAAGCUGCCACGGAAUAUUUGGUGCAUUUCUUUUAACUAUGAGACCAGCUUCACCUGUUCUUGUCAUACAUUGUCAUGUGAAUUAUGUUUUUAUUGGGACGUUCCCAAAGGACUGUGUGGGAGCCUUUGAGGAGAGGCAUCUGGGUUUCCGUGCCAGGGGCGGUGGGGUUGAGAAGGGGACCGAGG